AUGGGCACAGGGGAUUAUCUCUGCAUUGCUAUGAGUGGAGGGGCGCCUUGGGGCUUUAGAUUGCAAGGUGGCAAGGAGCAAAAGCAGCCUUUGCAAAUCGCCAAGGUCCGCAGCAAGAGCAAAGCAGCUAAGGCUGGACUGUGUGAGGGAGAUGAGGUGGUGUCUAUCAACGGCAAGCCUUGUGGAGACUUAACUUAUGCUGAAGUUAUCGUUCUGAUGGAAAGCCUGACUGACGUCCUGCAGAUGCUUAUCAAGAGAUCCUCCAAUGGAAUAAAUGAAGCCUUGAGUGCUGAAAGAGAAAAUGGAAAGCAUGAUAACAUAAAAAAUGAGGACUACAGGGAGAGUACUACACUGCAAAUUAACACAGCAAAAGAAAUACCCCAUGGAGAUUUAUGCAUCACAGAGAUAUACAGUGAGACUCACCAGGGAGCAGAAGAAAGCAACAUACACUUUUCUGAAACGAAACAAGAGACCACACAAAGCCACAGAAUUACUCCUAAAGUGACAGGCACCUCCAAAGUGCUCCUGACAGAUGAGGCUUUCAGAGGGAAGACAGAAGAAAGAAGGCCAGGUACUAUGGUUGAGCUGCAGUUAUCCCUCUCAAAUGACGCACACAAGGGCACCAAUGCUCCUGCUGUGACUCUCCUAGGGGCAGAAAAAUGCACCCCUUCAGGAAGAGGACCCAGUGUACAACAAGAUGGGACAAGCCCUGUAAUCGCAGUUCCCCUGGGAGCGAAAGAGGGCAACAUCCAGUGGUCAAGCAAAGUAGUCCAGUUUUCUAGUGGCAAAGAGGUCAAGAGGAUCCAAGGUGCAGCUCCAUCUCUCCCCAGGGUGGAGGUGAUCCUAGACUGUUCGGAGAGGGAGAAGGAAGCACCCAGGUCUCCAGCUGAAAGGGGGUGUGUUGAUUCUCAAGUGGAAGGAGGGCAGUCAGAAGCACCUCCUUCCCUCCUCUCCUUUGCAAUCCCAUCAGAAGGCACAGAGCAGGGAGAAGACGACCAGCACUCUGAAAGGGAUCACAGACCUCUCAAGCACAGGGCGAGGCACGCAAGGCUCCGGCGAAGUGAGAGUCUGUCAGAGAAGCAGGUCAAAGAAGCCAAAUCUAAAUGUAAAAGUAUUGCAUUGCUGCUGACAGCAGCUCCCAAUCCCAAUUCCAAGGGGGUUUUGAUGUUCAAGAAGCGUCGUCAAAGGGCAAGGAAAUAUACUUUAGUUAGCUACGGUACAGGGGAGUUAGAACGUGACGAAGACGAGGGUGAAGAAGGUGAAGGCGAAGAGGGGGACAAAGAGAACACUUUUGAAGUGAGUUUGCUUGCAACAAGCGAGUCAGAAAUAGAUGAAGAUUUCUUCUCUGACAUUGACAACGACAGUAAGAUUGUGACAUUUGACUGGGACAGUGGUCUACUUGAGGUUGAAAAGAAGACAAAAAGUGGAGACGAGAUGCAGACUCUUCCAGAGAGCACAGGUAAAGGGGCCCUCAUGUUUGCCAAGAGGCGACAGAGGAUGGAUCAGAUUACAGCUGAGCAAGAGGAGAUGAAGGCACGCAUGGUGCAUACAGAGGAACGAAAGGAAGCCACAGCCACCAUGUCAGAGAACUUCCAGAAAGUAAGCUCUUCAGUUUACCAAACUAAAGAGGAAGAAAUGUCAAGACAGCAGACCUGUGUGAGCAAAAGCUACACAGGCAUCAGCCAGAAUCAUAGCAAAAUGGUACAACAAAAUGGCUUUGGCUUAGCACCAGACAUAAACCUCUCUUUUCAGUCCUCUGAAGCUCAAAAAGCAGCGUCUUUGAAUAAAACAGCUAAACCCUUCCCUUCUGGUGUUCAAAACCGAGCAGCUGCACCGUUUUCACCCAUAAGAAAUGUCACUAGUCCUCUUUCAGAUAUACCGGCACCACCUCCUUACUGCUCUAUUAGCCCACCACCUGAGGUUUUAUACAGACCUGUUUCCGCUCCUGUAGCCAGCAGAGCUGCCCCACCUGUGUGGUCACCCACCGAGCCAUCAGAACACAUAGCAUCCAGAGAUGAACGGAUUGCGGUGCCAGCCAAAAGAACUGGGAUACUGCAAGAGGCAAAGAGAAGAAGCACUUCAAAACCUAUGUUCACGUUCAAAGAAGCACCCAAAGUAAGUCCUAAUCCCGCCCUGUUGUCCCUUGUACACAAUGCAGAGGGCAAAAAAGGUACUGGAGCUGGUUUUGAGUCAGGACCUGAAGAAGACUACCUCAGUUUGGGAGCAGAAGCUUGCAAUUUCAUGCAGACUCAAGCAUCUAAACAAAAGGCCCCUCCCCCUGUUGCUCCAAAGCCUUCACUCAAGGUCUCUCCUACUGCUGGUACUCCAGCGUCACCAGUUUGGUCACCUUCAGCUGCGGCUUCUAACAAGGCCCCUUCUUUCCCAGCACCAGCCUCACCUCAGGCAGCAUAUCCUGCGCCACUCAAAUCUCCACAGUAUCCUCAUUCUCCUGCCCACCCCCCAAGUACUCUCAACCUAGCUGGUCCUUUCAAAGGGCCUCAGGCAACCCUAGCCAGUCCAAACCAUACACCCAAGACAACACCAGUCACACCAAGUGCUGAGGGAACAAAGCCACCCUUUGAGAUGCCACCAGCUAUGAGUGGAAAAGGAGCACAGCUAUUUGCCAGAAGGCACUCUCGAAUGGAGAAGUAUGUGGUAGAUUCAGAGACUGUGCAGGCAAACAUGGCACGAGCCUCAUCUCCAACUCCAUCUCUACCAGCUUCUUGGAAAUAUUCAUCUAAUGUCCGAGCACCUCCACCUGUUGCUUAUAAUCCCAUCCACUGCCCAUCUUAUCCUCCUGCUGCUACCAAGCCUUCCUCUAAGUCCACUGCCACUACCAAAAAUACAAAAAGAAAACCUAAGAAAGGUCUCAAUGCUUUGGAUAUUAUGAAACAUCAGCCUUAUCAACUCGAUGCAUCUUUAUUUACUUUUCAACCUCCUAGUACUAAGGAAAGCCUUGGUAUUAAGCAGACAUCGAAGUUGUCUACUUCAAAGCAAGCUCUACCUUUAAGACCACCUAGUGCUGGCUCUCCUACUAAUGCCCGGGCAUCUUCAGUGUACUCCGUGCCAGCCUACAGUUCACAACCUUCGUUCCAGUCAAAUGCCUCUAUCCCAGUAAAUGAAUCGUAUUCACCUACAGCCUACUCUGCAUUUUCUAAGCCAGAAACCACCACAUCUUCUUUGUUUACUGCUCCAAGGCCAAAAUUUUCAGCAAAGAAAGCUGGCGUCACUGCACAGGAAAGAAGCAGUGGACGCUCAUUAUCGCUUCCUGGGAGACCUUCUUCAUUCAUUUCUCGAGCCAUGUCUCCUACUUCUCCUCUUGUAUUUCAGCCUGCCCCUGAUUACUUCAGCAAGCCAGAAGCAGCAGCCGACAGGCCUGGCAAGAGACUGACUCCCUGGGAAGCAGCAGCAAGAUCCCCUCUUGGCCUAGUGGAUGAAGCUUUUGGGCCCCAAAAUAUGCAGGAAUCCAUUGCUGCUAACGUAGUAUCAGCUGCUCGCAGGAAAACACUUCCUGAGCCACCAGAUGAAUGGAAACAAAAAGUUUCUUAUGAGCCUCCAGCCCCAAGUGGUAGUGUAGCCUUAUUAGGAGGGAAGCAAUCGGGUAUUUUAUCACCCCCCAAAAGUUCCCUGUCUGCCCCAAGUGCCACCACGCAGGCUGGCUCUCAGCUGCAGUAUCCUUACUACAGUCAACGGUCCAGAACAGAUCCUGAUAUAAUGUCCAUGGAUUCCAGGUCUGACUACUGCUUGUCAACAGCUGAUUCAAACUACAAUCCACAGCCAAGGGGAUGGAGGCGUCCAACAUGAGCAGCUGCAGGGCCUGGCGUAUUUUCCCUUCUUCCAGCUUUACAAGCCUUACAUUUGAGCUGGAGAAGGAAAGUUUCUUGCUGGCCUGACCAUCUCUGAACUAACGAAAUGAGGAGGCAAAAUUGAAUGGAGCACAGUUUUCACAUGACUGCACGGCUAGCAGCCUCUAGAUUAGAUUCAUUUUCACACCUAACCUAAGAUUGUUCUGUUUGUCAAAAGGUAAAAAUACAUAUUUCUUGGGGUGAAGGGUGGGAUGAAGGCAGGGCAACCAAUGUGAUCGAUACAAAAAUCUAGGAAGGAUGUAGAUGGAGAUAGUACAAGUGCUUGCAGUUAAGUUAAUGUG